AUGUAUAUUGCUACAAGGCAAACACCUACCUUAAGGAACUCAGAGAGCUGGCUGAAAAUUGAUAAAUUCUACAUAUGUCCUAAACUAUCUUUCCUCCUUCGACCAACGUCAGCAUCAUCAUCAUCAUCAGCAUCAAGAUCAAGAUCAAGAUCAAGAUCAUCGUGGUUAUCAUCCCAACUUUCGUUAUCCCCAUAUUGGCUAAAGCAUUCCAUCUUUAUUCCUUUGAGUUUUCCCUCACUUUUCGAGACCUCGACAAUCGGCGAACCCGUCAUGAGCAACUGCCCCCUCUGUGAUCCAUCCGGGUCUAUAGCGGGAUUGAUCGGGCCUCAAUUCUGCGCCGCCGGAUCAAGACCGGCAUCAUCUCCUUUGAACCCUCGAGCUCCAGUAUAUCAGCCCCCAGCUUCCUCCACAAGGGUUGUCUCUUUGCCUCGGCCGUCAGAAGGUGGCCCAGGCUCUGGGUCAAGCACACGACCUCCAGAGGGGGGACACGCAUCUGAAGAGAUACAUCCCCCAGAAGAGGAACACGCAUCUGACGAAACACAGUCUACAGGGGAGAGCCAUGGAUCUGAAGAGAGAUAUGCAUCUCAAGAAACACAGUCCCCCAGAAAGAGACACGCAUCUGAAGACACAGGGUGUCCAAAAAAGAGGCAGUCACUUUCCCCGCCCCUUCAAAAGAUUACUUCGCGUGGAGGCAGCAGUUCUCCUGAACCAGCACACUCGGUCCGAGGAGGCACCUCAGCACCGGUGGCGGCUCCAACACCCGAUGUUGUCGCACGACCUCCUGUGGACGAAGAGAUCCACGAGAUCCACGAGACCCCCAAAAUCCAGUCUCAUGAUCCAGCCCCCCCUUUAGACCAGGAUCAGGAGAAGAAGCCGGACAGGAAACCAGGGCCGACUUGGGCAAAUGUUGCUCAAAUCACCAAAAAGCAAACAAACCAGUCCCACCUGAAAAUAGACGUGCGACCUGCGAAACCAAAGUAG